ACUCAAUGUUUACGCAAAAGCGAAUUGGUUCAAUGUACAGAGACAAUUCUCUCUCGCUCAUUGAAAACAACGAAAAAUGUGUGCAUGUGUGUUCGUUGGAGGCACAUAUCGCCUUGGUGUUGUAGAAAACCAUCACAGAAAAAAAAAACGGUGUGUGGCCAACAGCGAAUGAAAGACUAGAGAAGAAAAAAACAUAGUGAACAAAAACAUACAGAGCGCGAGUGAUUCGAUAGAAAAACGAAAAAAAAUAGAAGAGAAAAAAUAAAUAUUUUUGUCGAAUAAAAUUGACCCACGACGAACGGGAAAAGAGUGAAAUUUUUUGGUUCCGAGUUGAUUGCUGAAAUUUUCUCAAAAACGACGCAACAAAAUGAUUAUCAAAUAGUGAACAAUCAUUUUCGGAGCAGCCCAAAUACACACAAUAAUCGUGUGGAACGGAAACAAAUCCAAAUCACAAUAAUUUAUGUAGAUUAAGAAGAGCAACACGCCACCAGGUGAGGCAAUACGCAGUAUAUGUGAUGUAAAUGCCAACAAAAUGGAUGUAAACACAACCGAUCCAUAUGAGCAAAAGCUCUAUAAUAUGUUUAAAAGUUUCGAUACACAGUCGAUUGGCACAUUGGACAAGGCGGCUCUAUUGGAACUGUGCACAACGCUCGAGCUUAAAGAUCGCACCACCAAAUUGGUGGCCAAUUUAAUCGAUCCAAAACGUAAUAAUCGCGUAUCAUUCAACGAAUUUAAAGAAGGCCUACUCAAUUUACUCGGCACUGAUACCGAUGACAAUGACGACAAUGCAACACAUGUAGUGGACAAUGCAAAAGGAUCAUCGCCAUCGCAGAAUAAUCAUGCAAAUGAAGAAGUAACAACGAUGUACGAUGAGUCAAAAUCGCGGGAGGUAUCGCCAAAAUUGGUAGUUCGUGGUAAAAAAUACGGCCGACGAUCACGUCCACAAAGUGUUGCCCCAUUCGAAUCAUCGCAAUCGGAUUCGGAAGAAGACUACGAAUUUGCCCGUGUUCCGACCGCUGGUGAAAAGUCAAAAACUUAUCACAAGGUGCAGCGAUCUGUUUCACAAGGUGAUAUGCAUGACACGAAUGGUAGACGUGUUCGAUCAUCCGUAUCAUGUUCGGCCAGUAAUAAUGUUACAAAGUUAAAGCGAUGCGCAUCGUUACCAGCACAAAAGCGAAAUGUUCCAUACAUGAGUAGCAAAGAGACGGAGAAUUUGAAAUUACAAUUGGAGGGCAGUGUCGAGUCUCUUGACAAUUUAGACUUUGAAAAUCUAUCGAAUAGCUUGUUCCAUGAAUGGAAUAAUUUUGAAAAUAAUGCAAUCACCGACGAUACCAAAGCAAAUCAGUCGCACAGUAGCCAGUCGCCAUUAUCAACAGCAACAAUCGCCCCAUCAACAUCACCAUCAUCAUCACAUCGAAAUCGCAUUGAAUUAGAAACGAUUUUUGUGCGCGUUGGCCUACAAUUGCCGGUUGCAUGUCGUCUCGCUGAUGAAGUGUACAAUAAAUUGGGCCUGUCUGCCGAUCAAUGCAUUUGUUUUACCGAUUUUUUAACGCUCAUCGGACAAUGCCAUUCAGAAACGGAUGCGGUUAAAACAACACCUAUCAAAUGCAACGAUGGUGUCGUCGUUGGCGGCGGCGCCACCGAUCACGAAUACACAAUCAGUCCAUUAAAUGAUCACAUGAUUUUUGAUAUGCAUGCCCCUGCAUCAGAUGAACCAAACGAUUGGUCAAAUGAAUCAUUAUCAAUUGACACCAUUAUCGAUAUGUGGGAAAUGGCACAUGUCAAAAAUCCAGGCAUGAUCAUGGAAGAUCUGGGGUUCACCGAACGUGAAAUCAAUCUAUCACGAUUGUUGGGCGUCAUCGAUGAAGAACUGCAGAACGUGCACAACGAUCGAGAAUUUACUCCACUAUUGAGGGCGUCAUUGGUCUUGCACAAGCUCGAAGUGAAUGCGCUGCAAAAGUCAUUUCGGCACGCUGCCUAUGAAAACAAGCAAUUACACAUAAAUGUGCGUGAAUUGAACAAUCGAUCGUUCAUAUUGGCGCAGGAAGUGGACGAACGGCAUGCAACGCUCGAAUCAUCGGCUCGCGAUCAGGUCAAGCAAUUGGAACAACGUCAUGCGGAAAUUGUGCGUGAUCUAACCGCGCAAUUGAGUAACGAGCGCGAACAAUGGUCAACGUUGAAUGUAAAAUUGGAAAAGCGAAUCAAACAAUUGGAAAUGGAUGAUGCAAAGCAUAAAGCGAAUAUGUUACGUUUACAAAGUGAAAAUAGUGCCUUAGAAAAAGAGCAAUUGUCGUUACAAUCGCAAAUCACCGAUUUGCUGGAGAAGAAUAUUCAAUUGAAUAAUGAAAUAGCCGAUGCGCAAGAUCGUUACGGUGACGACCGUGAUAUGAAUGCAACGGAUCAAACGUUAGAUUUGAUUGAUAAGAUAUCCAAGUUGCAAAUUGAGAAUGCAAACUUGCGUGACCGAAACGAUGAGCUGGGAAUUGAACUGGAGGAAACGUUGACCGAAUUAAAUAAGGUGAAGAGUCGCAAACAGUUGCGUUUCGAUAGUAGUAAUCAAAGUGGUGGCGAGGAUAAUGCGAGCAGUAGCGGUGAAGGAUCGAAUGUGUCUGGUGGUGCGGCGACAAAACGGCGUGGUGAUUCGCCCAGCAAAGCAAAAUUAUCGGAAGAAAGUCCACGAUUUGGGAAAUUGCGCAAGUAUCAUAAUGACAACAGCGAGGGUGAAUCAGAGACGAGUGGCGAUUGGCUUGCAUUAAAUUCAGAGCUGAAUCAAUCGACAUCGAUGUCACAAACAACGGCCACCACAUCUGGAUUCUCGCAGGAUUUCUCAAGUCUAACCGAUCCGAAGGAGUGUGAAAUUAAAGAGCUUCGUCAACAACUUGCUAAACUCGAAACGGAACUCAGCGCUAUGAAGUCACAACAUUCAACCGUUUCGAGUAUGGUGGAAAAAAGUGUCGACGAGAAAACCAACGAAACGACGCCCAAAGCUGACACGAGUGAUAAGGUACACGUGCAACGAAUUCAAGAGCUGGAAAAUAGUUUGGAACAAAUGCAAAAGGAGUAUGAAGCGUGCGAGGAUUACUGGCAAGGCAAACUAAACGAAGAACGACAGUUGUACGAGGAGGAACAACGGAUUAGCGAUGAGAAAUUCACAGAACUCUUGAAAAAGAUGACUGAAUACGAGGAACAAUUCACAACAUCCACUGAAAAAGACGGUCGACUCACACCAAUCGAAGAGAAAUGCCAACUCGAACAACAGUACGCCGAUCUGGAAGCCGAAACUGAAGAGUUUCGAGAGCAUGCACGCAAAAUUUUCGAAACAAAAUCACAAGAGAUUGAUCAAUUGCAGGCGAAAAUUAAGGAAUUGGAAGAACGAUUGUGCUAUCCAGCCACUAGUGAACAAACGAAUACGACACAACGCCUAAAGACAUCGGACAGCGAAAGUGUAGCCAGUUCACCAAUUAGCUAUCUAUGGAAUCAAAGUACAAUUCAAGUCCCAACACGUGACUAUCAAAAUCCAAAUUGGAAUCGAACAAAUCAAACGAAAGAGGAGUCCAAUCCAUUGCCUGCGGACGAUGAGACAGCAAACCAAAAUCUUAUAUCACCGAUACGACGGCCACAAACACCUUCUACAUCGGCCGCCACCACACUCAAGAAUACAGUGGUCGAGAAUAGUGAAAAUAUCAUCGACAACACCACCGAAAUUCUUGACGAUGUUUUAUCACUUAGGAGCUUUGGCACACACAGUGUUGCCUCAACACACAGCAUACAUCGAUCGUUACCUGAAAACAUUAGUACUAGUCCAAAUUUGAUACGUGAAGACAUAAAGCGUCUAAAAUUGAUUGAAAUUCAAUUAAAUGAUGAGGUUAAGGGUUUGGCACACACACGAGAUGGCUUGGUCAUGGAAUUACAGCAAUUGCAAGAGGCCAAACCAGUAUUGGAACGAGCUUAUGCGCGAACGCCACAUCCGAGUUUGAUACAGCGAAUUCAGCAGUUGGAGCAAAAAAAUCGUCAUUUACAAUUUUGCCUGAAGCAGCAGCAGCAGUACACUGAAACAAUUAUGCAACAAUCGUGGCAGCAACAGCGUACGGAAAUCAAUGAACUGCGUGGUACAGUCGAAACGCAAGUCAUAAUAAUGAAUGAGCAGGCACAGCGGCUGACAAAUUCCGAUUUGCUCGUCAAAGAUUUGUAUGUAGAAAAUUCGCAGCUGACGGCGGCAAUACAACGACUGGAGCAACAGAGAUCACGUAACAAUAUGAUGCUACAACAUCAAGGCGUACCGGGAAUGCUGUAGAGAAGGAAAAAACAAGUAUUAUCGCUUGCAAGUGAAAGAAGAAAAAAACACACAGAUAAGACGAGAGAGAAAAAUCGACGGGGUCACAACUAAAAGUUCUAUAAAAUAAUCACACUGCAACAAGCAAGCAAAGCAAAUCACUGAUAUUUUUUAUUAUUUAAUUCUUUAUGAAAUUGUAACACACACACACACCGAGUGCAUUACUAGAUGUCCCUUAAACGAUUUGGCGUGUAUUUUACAGGAGAGUGAAUGCAAACCUUUUUUUAAGUGUUAUAUAAACUGAAUUUAAUUGAUUUAAUUUAUUUUGAAAGAAAAAAACAAAGGAAAGCAAGCAAAGCAGACAACUAACCUCACUCAUAUUCACAUUGAAUAGACACGCACAUCGCGAUGAAUGAAUGAAUUGAGCGUAUUUUAUUUAUUUUUUUGUUUUUUGAUUUUAAUUCGUUUUUCUUCUUCGGAACAUGUAAAUAUUUUGAUAUUACGUUUUGUGAUGGCACUGAAUUGUGGAAUGGCAUUUUGAUGCGUGAUACGGACUCAGAGUAUGAUAGUAUCAUACUAUGAUACUUACUUUCAUACACGCAUCGGCAAACGACUUCGAAAAGGAAAAAAAAACGUGAAUACUCGAAACGGAAAUGGCUUUGAAUUUUGAUAGAUGUUUUCUUCCCAUUUUCAGUCAUUCAUAGCAAUCAUUAGCACACAUCAGCGGCUCAUUAACAGCCAGUGGCCUUUCAGCCACACACACACACACACACCUUAUUUAUAUAUAUAUGGUGUCCACACUAACACUUGCCACGCAUUCAAUUUCAGUCAAAAAAACGUUCUUUAGAUUCGUAGAAAUUACGUGUUGUCUUUCAUUUAUCUCAAAAAGAAACAAACGAUUUUCUAGUUCUUAACAAAAUCACACUCGAAUUUUCUCAAUGGCAACACAAAUUCAUGUUCAUUAUUUUAUAUAUAUGUUUGAAAAGAAAAAAAACAAAGAAUAAUUAUUUUAAUUAAAAAACAAUUGUCAUUAAUCAAAAAAAAAAAA